GCCGUUUCGCUCCGCCUCUUCUCCCGCCCCGGAGCUGCCAGUACUUGACGUGGCGUCACCUCCCUCUGCCCUUACUUUGCGUGCGUGUUUGCGUGCGGCGGAGGUGGCGGCGCGGGCCGGUCCGAGCUCCGCGCUGCUGCUUGGGGCGCUCCCGGGGCGGCCGUCGCUGUCCGGUGUCUUGGGCUGGCGGGCGGGCCCGGCGCGGGCCCCAGCACCUCAGCGUCGGACGCGGCCGGGCGCGGGGCCCGGCGGGAGGGUGGGCGAGCGCGUGUUGGAGGGCGCCGCGCGGGCGGGCGCCCGUGAGGCAGAGAGGCGGGGGCGGCGGGUCGGCCGCGGGCCGGGCCGGCCGGGGGAUGUCGAUGCCUGACGCGAUGCCGCUGCCCGGGGUCGGGGAGGAGCUGAAGCAGGCCAAGGAGAUUGAGGACGCCGAGAAGUACUCCUUCAUGGCCACCGUCACCAAGGCUCCCAAGAAGCAAAUUCAAUUUGCUGAUGACAUGCAAGAAUUCACCAAAUUCCCCACCAAGACUGGUCGAAGAUCUUUGUCUCGCUCCAUCUCUCAGUCCUCCACUGAUAGCUACAGUUCAGCUGCGUCCUACACAGAUAGCUCUGAUGAUGAGGUUUCCCCCCGAGAAAAGCAGCAAACCAACUCCAAGGGCAGCAGCAAUUUCUGUGUGAAGAACAUCAAACAGGCAGAAUUUGGACGCCGGGAGAUUGAGAUUGCAGAGCAAGACAUGUCUGCUCUGAUUUCACUCAGGAAACGUGCUCAGGGGGAGAAGCCCUUGGCUGGUGCUAAAAUAGUGGGCUGUACACACAUCACAGCCCAGACAGCGGUAUUGAUUGAGACUCUGUGUGCCCUGGGGGCUCAGUGCCGCUGGUCUGCGUGCAACAUCUACUCCACCCAGAAUGAAGUGGCUGCAGCUCUGGCUGAGGCUGGAGUUGCAGUGUUUGCUUGGAAAGGCGAGUCAGAAGAUGACUUCUGGUGGUGUAUUGAUCGUUGUGUGAACAUGGAUGGGUGGCAGGCCAACAUGAUCCUGGAUGAUGGGGGAGACUUAACCCACUGGGUUUAUAAGAAGUAUCCAAACGUGUUUAAGAAGAUCCGAGGCAUUGUGGAAGAGAGCGUGACUGGUGUUCACAGGCUGUAUCAGCUCUCCAAAGCUGGGAAGCUCUGUGUUCCAGCCAUGAAUGUCAAUGAUUCUGUUACCAAACAGAAGUUUGAUAACUUGUACUGCUGUCGAGAAUCCAUCUUGGAUGGCUUGAAGAGGACCACAGAUGUGAUGUUUGGUGGGAAACAAGUGGUGGUGUGUGGCUAUGGUGAGGUGGGAAAGGGCUGCUGUGCUGCUCUCAAGGCCCUCGGAGCAAUUGUCUAUAUCACAGAAAUUGACCCCAUCUGUGCUCUGCAGGCCUGCAUGGAUGGGUUCAGGGUGGUAAAGCUAAAUGAAGUCAUCCGGCAAGUUGAUGUCGUAAUAACUUGCACAGGAAAUAAAAAUGUAGUGACACGGGAACACUUGGACCGCAUGAAAAACAGUUGUAUUGUUUGCAAUAUGGGCCACUCCAACACAGAAAUUGAUGUGACCAGCCUCCGCACUCCGGAGCUGACAUGGGAGCGAGUCCGUUCUCAGGUGGACCAUGUCAUCUGGCCAGAUGGCAAGCGUGUCGUCCUACUAGCAGAGGGGCGUCUGCUCAAUUUGAGCUGCUCCACAGUUCCCACUUUUGUUUUGUCCAUCACAGCUACAACACAGGCUCUGGCACUGAUAGAGCUCUAUAAUGCACCUGAGGGACGAUACAAACAAGAUGUGUACUUGCUUCCUAAGAAAAUGGAUGAGUACGUUGCCAGCUUGCACCUGCCAUCAUUUGAUGCCCACCUGACAGAGCUGACAGAUGACCAAGCGAAAUAUCUGGGACUCAACAAAAAUGGGCCAUUCAAACCCAAUUAUUACAGAUACUAAUGGACCAUAUUAUCAAGGACCAGUCCACAUGAACCACGCAACUCUAAAAGAAAUAUUUUUUAAGAUAACUUUUAUUUUCUUCUUAUUCCUUUCCUCUUGAUUUGUUUUCCUGUAAUUUCAUUCUUGUUUUGUUUUUCAUCUCAUUGUCCAAGUUCUGCAGGCCACACAGGAACUUGCUUCAUGGCUCUCUAGAUGAAACUGAGAUUCAAGGUUCCUCACCCUAGUCACUAAAGAAGGAUUUUACUCUCCCAGCCCAGAAAGGUGAUUCUUUCUAUACUAUUUCUGGGGACGUUAGUCUUAAUUAGGUACCUUAUUAACAAGAAAUGCUAAGGUACCUUCUAUGUGGAACAAUCUGCAAUGUCUAAAUUGCCUUAAAGAGCCCAUUUCUUAGCUGCUGAAAUCGUGCUCUUUCACUUCUUCAGACGAGCAGGGAUGGUACCUACCAACCAGGUAGGUUAGAUGUAGGUGGUGCAUGUUAAUUUACCCUAGAUGUCCCACAUCCCAAGUCCUGUUUGCUAUGUAAAGGUGGUAUAUCUGGUUCUAAGAUGUGUACUAGUGAGUUGUGCUUGUUAAGAUCCAAUAGGCCCACUUGGAUUUAGUAUACAGCCCUUCCUCUCUUCCCACAAGAUCUUCUUGUUUUCCAGGAUUUAAACCAGAUUGCACUCUAUUAAACUGAAUUUUGUCCCCAGCAUUUAUUUCUGUUGU